AUGCCAAAAACGGACGCAGGCGAGAAGCUGCUCUGUGAGCUGGGCUACAAGCUGGGUCAGACCUUAGGGGAGGGCAGCUUCUCCAAAGUGAAAGCGGUCACCUCCAGCAAAUACAAGGUUCCCUUAGCCGUCAAGGUGGUGGACCGGCGACGAGCCCCCCCAGCCUUCGUGUACAAGUUUCUGCCCCGGGAGCUCUCCAUCCUGCGCAAGAUCCGGCACCCCAACAUCGUGCGCAUCUUCGAGCUCAUCGAGGUGUGCAACGGGAAGCUCUACAUCGUGAUGGAGGCAGCGGCCACCGACCUGCUGCAGCUGGUGCAGCAGCUGGGAAAGCUGCCCUGCGUCCCCGAGGCCCGGGACAUCUUCGCGCAGGUCGUGGGGGCCGUGCGCUACCUGCACGACCGCAACCUGGUGCACCGGGACCUCAAGUGCGAGAACGUGCUGCUCGCCGCGGACGGCCGCCGGGCCAAGCUCACCGACUUUGGUUUCAGCAAGGAGGCCAACAGCUAUCCGGACCUGAGCACCACCUUCUGCGGGUCAGCAGCCUAUGCUUCCCCCGAGGUGCUGCUGGGCAUCCCCUACGACGCCAAGAAGUACGACAUGUGGAGCCUGGGGGUGAUGCUCUUCGUGAUGGUGACCGGCUACAUGCCCUUCAAUGACACCCGCAUCCGCAGCAUGCCCCAGCAGCAGAAGAAGGGGGUGCUGUACCCGGAGGGGCUGCCCCCGCUGCCGGAGCCCUGCCGAGCCCUCAUCGGCCAGCUGCUGCGCUUCAGCCCGGCCUCGCGGCCCGGCGUGGGGCAGGUGGCCAAGAACAGCUGGCUGAAGGGGGACAUCUGA